AUGGCGCUUACAGUUCGAAUCUUUCUCACGGUGCUAAUGAUUUACCUUGGAUGUGAGCACUGUAGCGACUGCAGACUGGAAGGGACAUCGGCAAACGGAACAAUUUCAAUGAAACGAAUACUCGAUGAGACCGGGCAAAAGAGUGUGCGGGAAUUAUCUGACUUUGACAAAUCGCCUCCGUGUGGUCACUAUUUUGUCUCUGAUGAUAAAGAUGAGCUUAGACGUCGAAUAAACGGCGACAACUCUACAGACUAUUUUGAUGAUGAAUCACAUCAGGACAAGAUACUAGGUGGUGGUUUUGCCUAUUAUGGGGAAUUCCCCUGGAUGGCAAAUAUAAUAUAUGAUAACUCACAUUUAUGUGGAGGGGGUAUUAUCAGUGAGUUCUGGGUUAUCACCGCUGCUCAUUGUAUCGAAAAUGGGAUAAAAGGCAAGUACAGAGUUAAUGUUGGCGAUCACAGCUUGGUGAGAAAAGACAAAUAUGAAAUUCAACAUCAAGUAGAAACAAUGGUCUUCCAUGGCGAGUAUCGUC